CUUCUUCACUUUUAGAGGUCUGACAAACAAGAAUCGGGAAUAUGUGAAAAAGGAGUUAAUUGGAUACUCGAUGCAAGAAAUGUAUGAUGUGGUCGCCGACGUAUCGAACUAUUACAAGUUUGUGCCAUACGUGAAAAAAUCACACGUACACAGUAAGCGUAAUGACGGCUUCAAGGCUGACUUAAUUGUCGGUUUCCCACCGUUGAACGAAAGUUAUACAUCGAACGUUUCGCUUCAAAAUCCCAUGCUGGUAAAAUCCGUAUGCACCGAUGGAAGGUUAUUCAAUUAUUUGCUUAACGAUUGGCGAUUUAGUCCCGGUCUGAAGGACAUUCCACAAUCUUGUGUUGUGGAUUUCAAAGUAGCUUUCGAAUUCAAAUCGCUGAUACACAGCAAUAUUGCAAAUAUUUUUUUCGAUUUAAUUUGCGAUCAAAUGGAGCAUGCUUUUGUGGCGGAAGCUGAACGACGACACGGACCACCUGCAAUUAAAUCGCAUAUAUUGUCAUGGCGAAGAUCUUGACCAAGACGCAAUGAAUAAGUUAAACAUAAAUAACUUCGUAUUCAAGUACUUUUGUGUGAUUGAUUAUUUUUAUUUAUAUACUUUUAUUAUUAUAUUAUAUAUUAUUAUUAUUUAUUGCAAAAAUAGCAUUGUUAAACUUAUACAUACAUUUGUACAUAAGUGCAUACAUACAUAAGUAUAAUUUUGCUUAUAGUUCACACGAGAUCACACUAUUUUGUACAUAGCUUUACAUGGUAAUCAUAAGCAAACAAGAAAAAAGAUAACAAAUUUAUUAAAUUAGUGGUUAAGUCUAUUGUAAAUAAACAUUUUAAAAUAAGAAAUAAUAACCAAACUGUUACAGUUCCUUUUUGUGGUAUAAGAACCGUGCUUUUUUAAGUUCCUGGGUAAAAUGUAUGAGUGGAUGGAUGAUAUUAACUCUUAACGGCCGAGAGCUUUUUUGUAAUACUCGCCCAUAAGACGUCGGGGAAAUUAGAGGUGAAAUUCUGAAACGUUUAUAAGAAUGAAAACUUUAACUAAACAUUUAAUCUGAUUUAUUUUGAUAUUAAUUCAAUAUAUUUACUUGAUUUAUAAUUUUAUGUGGCCAACAAAACAGAGAUGUACAAAGUUGCAAUAUUUGUUAAAGAAAACUAAAGCGAUGAUUAAUAAAAAUUUACAUUAACAUAGUUUAA